AUGCUUUCUACAGGUCUCUUGCUUGGCGGUCUGGCCAGUCUGGCUGCCGCCCAGUUCCCACCUCCUUCUGAGGGCGUCAAGGUCAUCAAAUCCAAGCUUCACGAGAACGUGACCAUUUCAUUCAAAGAGCCGGGGCUUUGUGAGUCCACACCGGGCGUCAAAUCCUACGCUGGCCACGUCCACCUUCCCCCAGGUUUAUUGGAUGAUGGCUCGGGCGAGAAGCAGGAUUAUCCCGUCAACACAUUCUUUUGGUUUUUUGAGGCUCGUCAUGAACCGGAAAAUGCUCCGCUGGCCAUUUGGCUCAACGGGGGCCCUGGUGGCUCUUCCAUGAUCGGUCUUUUGGGCGAGAACGGUCCUUGUUUCAUUGGUGACGAUUCCAAGUCUACAAUUCAUAAUCCUUGGAGCUGGAAUAACUAUGUCAACAUGCUCUACAUUGAUGAGCCUAAUCAAGUCGGCUUCUCAUACGACAUUCCCACCAAUGUGACCGUAUACGCUGGCAGUGAAGAGGCCAUCAUUGUUCCCACCAACUUUUCGACCGAAACACCUCAGACCAACCUUACAACACGAAUUGGCACUCUUUCCAGUCAAAAGUUGUCUCACACCACCAACAGCACCCAGCAGGCUGCCCAUGCAUUGUGGCACUUUGCCCAGACCUUCUUCACUGAAUUCCCUCAUUACAAGCCGAAUGAUGACCGAAUCAGUAUGUGGGCUGAGAGCUACGGCGGCCAUUAUGGGCCUGGAUUCAUGCGCUUCUUCCAGCAGCAGAAUGAAAAGAUUCUCAAUGGAACUAUUGAUGUGGAACACGCACACUAUCUUCAUCUUGAUACUCUGGGCAUCGUCAAUGGCUACCUUGACGCCGUUAUCCAGGAAGAGGCGUCCAUCAUCUUCCCUUUUAACAAUACUUAUGAUAUCAAGGCCAUCAACAAGACCGUCUAUGAUGGGCUAAUGCACAACUUUACCCGGGAGGGGGGUUGUCGUGACCAAAUCAUUCAGUGCCAGAAGGAGCUUGUUGGCAUCGACAAGAAUGCGCUCAGAGUGGCGCGAGACUUCCCCUCAGAACUAUGCCCAAAGAUGGAAGAAACGUGCGCGAUGAGCGGCGAAAUGGCUUUCGAAAAUAGCAACAAUGCUCGUUUCGACAUCUCGCACCCCAAGAAUGACCCAUUCCCGCCUCCACACUACAUCGGCUACCUCGCUCAAGAAAAGGCCCUCGGAGCCCUUGGUAGUCCUGUCAACUUUACCAUGUCAUCACAGACCGUCGCCCUGAACUUUUUCGCCACCUUGGAUGAGAUUCAUGGCGGAUUCUUGGACGCAGUUGGCUACCUUCUCGACUCGGGUGUUAAGGUGCAUAUGAUGUAUGGAGAUCGCGACUUCGCCUGCAACUGGAUCGGAGGAGAAAUGUCAUCUCUUGCCAUCCCUUACUCGCGCGCAGAGGACUUCAAGAAGGCUGGGUACACCCCCUUGAUUACGUCUGAAGGCGUGGGCGGGCUUACCCGCCAGUUUGGCAACUUCAGCUUUACUCGUGUCUAUCAGGCUGGACACAUGAUCCCCGUGUAUCAGCCCGAGGCUGCGUAUGAAAUCUUCAUGCGUGCAUUGUUCAACCGUGAUAUCCCCACUGGCUUGUUGCCUGUACACGACGAGUUGUCGACUGUCGGCCCUCCGGACACCUGGCACGUUAAGCAGGCUGCUCCCAAGGCGCCCGAGCCCAAGUGCUACAUCCUGGCGCCUGAGACUUGUACGCCUGAGAUUUGGGAGAAGGUGAACAGCGGCAAGGUGACAGUCAGGGACUAUUUUGUUGUUGAAGAUAAGGAAGUGGGUGAUGGGGAGUUGUAA